AUGAUUUAAUUACUCAAAAAAAUAGAUCAAUUUGGAGUAGCAUUCUAACCUAGUAUAAAAUAUUCAACUUCUCAAUAUAAAACGUGUUGGGGAGGUGUGAUGUCAAUAUUAUUGUAUGGGUUGAGUUUUGCUUACUUUCUUUACAUAAUCAUCUAAUGGAGAUCAGGUGAAAUACUACCAAAAAUAACUAAAGCAUCAAAGGUAGAGAAUAAUUAAUAAUUUGAACUUAAUGAAACAUUUGUAGAGGUUUAACUUAGAAAAUUUGGUUAUUCUAUGAUUGAUCCAUUUAAUCCUGAUGCACUUGUCCUUCAACCUCUUUUAUAUAUUUUCAAGAAUGGUAUUCCAUUGGAUAAACCACUUGUUCCAUUCUUUUAAAUUACUACUAAAGAAGAUACAUUUCAUAUUAUAAGCUUUUCAAAUCUAUCUUUAUCUAUAAGUGAUACAUUAAAUGAAGCUAAUCCACAAUUUGAAGUUAUGCUCACCUUUGGAGCAUGUCUUGAAUAUUUUUUAUAGGAAGGAUAGAAAUGUGCAAAUGAAACUGUUAUUUAAAAAUUUCAAUCAUAACCAACUAACACUAUUAUUGUUAAACAUUAUGCUAAAGAAUAUAAUACUAAAACUGAAAUUCUGGAAACUAUUGGAAGAGAAUAAAUCAUUCCAUUUCAAUCUACUAAAGUAUUUCAAACCUAAACCUAUGUUUAAAUCACUUAAACAUAAGUUGACACAGGCUUUUUGUUUGAAUCCAUUACUGAUUAUAUGUACAUUAAUGAAUAUCGUGUUGUGAGUGCUACUUUAGAUUUAGAAUUUUAUAGUGGAUUGUUUGGAUAUAACGUUUAUAUGGCAUUCUUGUAUAAAAUAGAUAAUAUUUAAAAUGAAAUUUCAGUUGUUUAUACUAAAAUCAGUGGAGUUCUUGCUGAAGCAGGAUCUAUUGCAUCAUCUCUUCUUCUAUUAUCCUAUUUGGUCAUUAUAUUAAAUUAAAAUCAAUUAGAAUUUGAAGCAAUUAAUAAUGUUAUCUAAAUGUAUUAUCCUGAAUUCAAAAAUGUUAAAAUUACUAAGAAUAUUUUUGGGUAUAUUAAAAAAGUUGAAAAAAAUGGAAAAUUAUUAGAUUUAUAAGCCUUUAAAAAUCAAUACCAAAAAUUAUCACAUGUUAGUGAAAUUAAACUUACAAUUUCUAAUUAAAUUUAUGAAAUCUCAAGAUUAUAAUUUUUAAUCUAAAAUGUUUUACCACCCAAACUUAUUUAAUAAAUUCAUACACAUGGAAUUCCUUUACAAUCUCAAUAUGCUGAUUGUGCUAAGGAAGAACAAUAGAAUAUUAGUAAGCUUGACUAAAGCGUUAAUUAAGAAUACCAAUAUAAAUUAAACUCUAUUGUAUUUUUAUUUAUUUUAUUUUAAGCUUCCUAAUAAUAAUACAAGUCCACCAGUUAUUCAAUCCAAUGACCUUCAAACUAUUUCUUAAACUGAAUCCAAAUUGAUUCCAAAUUUAUAAAAAGUACAAGAUAAUAAUAAUUUCACCUAUAUAUAAAAGUUUAAGGACUCAGAUUUUGAUUUAUUGAUUUAUCCAGAAAACGAACCUGAUAGUAACACAUAGCCUAAUCAGAAUGAUACUAAAAUUUAAGUCGAUUAAUGA